AUGAUCCGCCUUCUAUCUCAGUUGCAGAAAUCUAGAUCGCCUGCAAGGGUCACAAAUCUAGUGGUCAAGAUGCCACAAAUCAUCGCUCAUCGCUAUAAUGCGACUGUCACUGUAGAUCAGUAUUUCGAGCCAAUGCAUCCUCUUCUAUUGAAAAGAGCAGAGAAUCUCAGUAACGAAUUUGAAGAUUUGGAGAAGCAAAUGAGCCUGGGUGCUUUUGACCAGGAAACCUCCAUCAAAUUCUCGAACGUUUCCAUAGUUCUAGACCUAUACAACAGCUACGUUAGAGACUUGGAGAACCUCAAGGGAUUGGUCGAUAUUGUAAAUGAGGAGACAGACGCGGAGCUUAUUAGCGAGGCAGAGUCAGAAAUCGAAACCCUUGUGCCUCUGCUUCAAGCAUGUAGUCAAAACGUUCAGAAACGUCUUCUCCCUGUUCUCAAGCACAGUGAUAAACCCGCAAUACUAGAACUCAGACCAGGUGUUGGAGGUAGUGAGGCGGCCAUCUUCACUAAAGAUUUACUUAACAUGUACAUUGCAAUUGCCCAUUUCAAUCGGUGGCCACAUACGAUAGUUAGCGAGGGAGAAAAUAGUGCCGGCUUCAUGAAUGAGGCGAUCAUCAGUAUUGAUGCGCCAGGCGCUUAUAAUAUACUCCGUCAUGAAAGUGGUGUCCAUAGAGUACAGAGAGUGCCUGCAACAGAGGUUAAGGGACGGAUCCAUACAUCUACCGCUGCUGUGGUGGUCUUACCUAAGAUCUCUGAGGGUACAGAGCAAUCGCUCGCUGAUGAUGAAAGACAGUUUUCUCCCAGCGAGAUUAGAAUUGAUACAAUGCGUGCUGGUGGAAAAGGAGGGCAGCACGUUAACACUACAGACUCUGCUGUCAGAAUCGUGCAUUUGCCCACAGGUAUCACGGUCAUGCAACAGGACGAGAGAUCUCAGCCGCGGAACAAAGCGAAAGCUUUUUCGAUUUUGAGGGCCCGUCUCGCUCAACUCGAGAGAGAGAAAGAGGUCGCCGAACAGAAGAAGCUUCGAACGGAUCAAGUGACAACGACUGAUCGGUCCGACAAAAUCAGGACCUAUAAUUACUCGCAGAAUCGUGUCACCGAUCAUCGCUGCGGUCAUCUGAUUCAUGAUCUUCCCGGAUUCAUGGCUGGAACUAAGUUUGCCGAGUUGGUGGAGAGACUAGAGGAAACAGAAUUUGAAGAUCGCCUACAAAAUCUCAUUGCUCAAGAAAACUGUAAAUAG